GCAGUCCGAGGUCUGGCUGCGCGCAGUAUAUGACAGUACGUCAGCAGCGGGAUGGCCGUAGCUGUGGCGGCGGCUGCAGAAGCGCUAGCAGCCGCGGCCGCAGUGGAGACUAGAGCCGGAGCGGCGUCGGCGGCGGCACCCCGGGGAGUUUAAGAUGGCGGCAGGGGGGGCGGCGGGCCUGCGGGAAGAGCAGCGCUAUGGACUGUCGUGCGGACGGUUGGGUCAGGACAACAUCACUGUGCUGCAUGUGAAGCUCACCGAGACGGCGAUCCGGGCUCUCGAGACCUACCAAAGCCACAAGAAUUUAAUCCGUUUUCGACCUUCAAUUCAGUUCCAAGGGCUCCAAGGGCUUGUCAAAAUUCCCAAAAAUGAUCCCCUCAAUGAAGUGCAUACAUUUAACUUCUAUUUGUCGAAUGUGGGUAAAGACAACCCUCAGGGCAGCUUCGACUGCAUCCAGCAGCGGUUCUCCAGCUCUGGAGCCUCCCAGCUCAAUUGCCUGGGAUUUAUACAAGAUAAAAUUACAGUGUGUGCAACAAAUGACUCGUAUCAGAUGACACGAGAAAGAAUGACCCAGGCAGAGGAGGAAUCCCGCAACCGAAGCACAAAAGUUAUCAAGCCUGGUGGACCAUAUGUAGGGAAAAGAGUGCAAAUUCGGAAAGCACCUCAAGCUGCUUCAGAUGCAGUGCCUGAGAGGAAAAGGUCAACGCCCAUGAACCCUGCAAAUACGAUUCGAAAGACACAUGGCAGCAGCAGUGUUUCUCAGCGGCCAUAUAGGGACAGGGUGAUUCACUUACUGGCACUGAAAGCCUACAAGAAACCUGAGCUGCUGGCUCGGCUGCAGAAAGAUGGUGUCAAUCAAAAAGACAAGAACUCCCUCGGAGCAAUUCUGCAGCAGGUAGCCAAUCUGAACCCUAAGGACCUCUCAUAUACCUUAAAGGACUAUGUUUUUAAAGAGCUUCAAAGAGAUUGGCCUGGAUACAGUGAAAUUGACAGACAGUCAUUAGAGUCAGUGCUGUCAAGAAAACUAAAUCCGUCUCAGAGGGCUGCUAGCACCAGCCGUUCAGAAUCUCCUGUAUGUUCUAGCAGAGACGCUGCAUCUUCUCCUCAGAAACGGCUUUUAGAUUCAGAUUUCAUUGAUCCGUUAAUGAAUAAAAAAGCUCGAAUAUCUCACUUGACAAACAGAGUGCCGCCAACAUUGAAUGGUCACAUCAGUCCCACCAGUGAAAAAUGCGCUGCAGGCCUCCCUCCGCCCCCGGGCGCUGCUGCCACGCCCACCGCUCCGCCGCUGCCUCCGACCCACCUGCCCGUCUCCAACCCUCCUCAGACUGCACACUCUAACUCCAAUUCCCCGAGCACUCCAGAAGGCCGGGGGACUCAAGACCUACCUGUUGACAGUUUUAGCCAGAACAGUGGUAUCUGUGAGGACCAGCAAGACAAAUAUACCUCUAGGACUUCUCUGGAAACCUUACCCUCUGAUUCAGUUCUACUAAAGUGUCCAAACCCAGUAGAAGAAAACCAUUCAAUGUCUCACAAAAAGUCCAAAAAGAAGUCUAAAAAACACAAGGAAAAGGACCAAAUGAAGAAACACGACACUGAGACAAUUGAGGAAAAUGAAGAGGAUCUUAAAAGAGAUGAGGACAUUGCCAAGCUGAACAACUCCAGUCCAGAUUCCAAUGAAGGAGUUAAAGAGGGUUGCACUGCCUCCAUGGAGCCUUCUUCAACCAUUGAACUCCCAGAUUAUUUGAUAAAAUAUAUUGCUAUUGUCUCCUACGAGCAACGCCAGAAUUACAAGGAUGACUUCAAUGCCGAGUACGAUGAGUACAGGGCCUUGCAUGCCAGAAUGGAGACUGUAGCUAGAAAAUUUAUCAAACUGGAUGCGCAACGAAAGCGCCUUUCUCCGGGCUCCAAAGAGUAUCAGAAUAUUCAUGAAGAAGUCUUACAAGAAUAUCAGAAGAUCAAGCAGUCUAGUCCCAAUUACCAUGAAGAAAAAUACAGAUGCGAGUACCUUCAUAACAAGCUGGCUCACAUCAAAAGACUGAUAGGUGAAUUUGACCAACAGCAAGCGGAGUCAUGGCACUAGAGCUCCGCUUGGACCGGAAGAUGUGAAUGAACUGAAGCUUAUUUAUUUAAAAUUCCAAAUGAGUUGCUCUAAGAUUCUAAAAAAACGAAACUUUACCUAUUGAAAGUUUCAGUAUUUGUAAACUUGAGUUACCCUCCUCCCCACCCUGCCCCCGCCACUGUUCUUUGCUUCCCUGUAUUUUUGAAGUUGCGUUUUCUGCUCCUUUUUUCCCCCCUGUAGACUUGUGUUUGUCAAUAGAAGUAAUUUUUUUUUAGAUAUUUGGGAUCCAGUAUCUAUACUUCCAAUCAGUUUUUUCUUAAAAACUUGUUUGUAAUUAGAAAUGAUUUUUUUAGAUAUUGGGGAUCCAGUGUCCACACUUCAAAGUUAUGUGUGUUUAAAAAAAAAAACAACAAAAAACAGUAAUGUGCAAGGUGAAAUGCUUUUGGAUAAACAUAAGCCUAUUUUCUGACCUUUCUUAAUGCGAACUCUUUGCCUUAAAUGGUAGGAUAUUUAGAAAUUUGCACAAAAUAAAAAAAAUAAUAAAACAUUGUUUUGGAGGGUUAAGAAAUAGGAAGGUCUAUGAGGAUGUGUGUGCGUGUAGCUCCACAUACACAUAUGUAUAUACAGGUUGACUUGACCUAGAACAGUAAAUCCACCCUGCAAGUUAACCCCCCAUUGCAAUGAUUGCCUUAAGGUGUUUGCUAGUUGUGUACAUAGUGUGGUUAAUCAUUAGCUACACUGCUUCCCACCUGAUUGGAGCAGUGGGAAGCACACUGUGGCCUACCAGCGUCUGAAAGUGUGUGCGCGACCAGUUGUAUGUGUGCAGAGGUGGUGUGGGUGUGAGCGUGCAUGAAGGACAAAAAGCUGCUACUCUCAGUAGGCCAAACGCUCAGGUUAAACAACUGACGAGUGUUACUGUAGGGGUUUUUUUUCCUGUCAAAUUGCUACUUCUAUUGUGGAAGACAAAAGCAUUUCCAUUUCAGCAGUUUGUUAGCAUCAUUGUUGGGAAAAAUUGAUAUGUUAUGAAAAUGAAACAAAUCUAUAGUUUUGGGGCACAAUUAUAAAAUUAAAUAUGUAGGUGACCUAUUUAUAUACUGCUAUAAAGUAUUUUUUUGAAGAGCGAUAUGCAAAGAAAUUAUUACCUACAUGAAAUGUAUAUUUAAAGAUUUUCUUUCUUCAUCCUGUGUACCAGGAAUAUAAAAAAAAGAAUGGAUAUAUUUAACUAUUACAUACUGUGAUUCAUCAAACAGCACAAACUUUCAUUUCAUGGAGUUUAUCUGUUGACGUCAAUUUAAACUAUCACUUGUUUUAUCAUGUGGGAACAUACGUUAUGUCAAAAAUGUAAGAAUUUUGAACUAAUGUUAAUUCAAGUUGUGUUGUCUUACCGUAUUGUCUUUUCAAAGUGCUGCCAGUUAAAAAGGGAAGCAUUAUGUUUACAAAUGUGUUUUGAAAUGUUUGCCAAAAUUUUUGGUAGUAUCUUUAAUAAAGAUGUUUGUCUCCAGCAUCCAAAAAAACAAAUAAAUAACUUUGUUGUGUAUCGCUGUAAACCAGAAAAAUGUUAGUAUCUAGGAAACCUGAGAGAGCACGUAGAUGAACUUCUCUCUUUGGAGUUCUUCUAAAACAUUAACUGGAAAGAGUAGAUAAUAUCGUAAAAGUAUACAAAAGCAUACAAACUAUACAAAGACUAAAACAAGACCCUGCACACUAUAGCUCUAUAACAUUACUGUAGAAAUUUAAUUUCUGUGUAGCAUAGACCUCCUAGGGAAUUCACUUUCUUUUCACGUUGAGAUCCCAGGUGCUUUCCUUUUACCUCAGAAUUGGUACAAUCAUUACAUGUUCAUGAUUUCAAGCUUUCGGUUGAAAAAAAGAUAGGAAAGGAAACUUAAUUGGGGGUAAAUUUGGUCCUCACAUUAUUAAGGUGAAGUCUGCUGAGGAAUGUGUCUGUAGGUAAUGACCUCAUGGGUGUUAUUUCUUGGGCAUCUUGGCCUUUUAAUCAAAGACGGUAUGCUGCUAUUUGCUGUGAGUGGUGUUUCUCAAAAACAAGGUGCUGGGACCACUUAUAUCACCCAUAUUAAAAUCUCUGGGUAUAGGGCCCAGGUGUCCAUCCACAUAUUCAUAAGUAUCCUCCAGGUGACUUUUGCAAGCUAAAGUAUGAGAACGAUUCAUUGGCUCAGAUACAGUGCUAAUAGGUCUCUAAAUCUCAAAGUCUUGAAUGUUCAAGUUCAACUAUUGGCAUUUUUUUUUAAGCCCAUCCCUAUCAGCAAGUGCACAUCACUUUUCCCUCUGCAAGAUGUGAGGCAUCCUCUCUGUUGUUUCACUGCCAACUCAUAAUUUGGAAUUUGUUUACAAACAAGUUUUCUAGUUGGUUAAUUAUUAGCCCUUGGAGCUCCUGCCCACCUACAUAGUAUACCUUAUGGUUUACAAAUUGGGUAAGAACAGAAGCUGGAGAUGCUUUACAAAAAUCCGGCAUCACACACCCAUAGACUUGACCACCUACCUAUAAAAGCCUUAAUUUAGAUGUUUGUUGUGCUCCUGGGGAAGAUGCUUACAAAAUGUGUUAUCUAUCAGUUGUAAAUCUGAGAGCUGUAAAUCUCUGAACCUGCUAUAACCUGAGGCUGCAUCUCUUUUGAAGAAGGGCAUAAGCCUAUUAAAAUAUUUAUAAUGAUUAUUCACCUCCUACUCUUAGCUGUUUAGAUACUCUCAAAUAAUUACUACAGGAAUGGGUGGUCACUUAGUAUCAGUUACCCUGAUCGAAGAAUGUAUUUAGGUUUUUUCUUUAAAGAAACAUUAAGUGUAAACAGCAUUGUCAAGAUGAGUGAGUUAUGCUGUUAUAUUUUCAUCACAUUUCAUCUAAAAUAAUUUGAAGCACCCUUGAAGAUUUUUACCAACGCUCAUGAAUUCUAGAUCAAAUGAGUAGUUGAUUUAAUUCAAACCAAAAAGAACAUUAACUAGAUGUGGUUUGGUUUUUUACGUGGGAAUUUCAUUUCCUAUCUUGUGGGUUUUUAUUUCCCAUGGAAUAAUUUAGAGGGCUAACUUUCAACUCUAAGUAGUGAUAGAUGUUCACUACUGGCUCUCUCAAAAGUAAUUGUUGGGGUCAGUUUAAAUCAUUGCUCCAUGCAGUGAUUAUAAAAAUUCAGUAUUAAUUUUCUUUCAUCCCUGAUUGACCUUUUAACUGUUAGAGCAAUUUUCUUUUUCCUUAAAGUAAUUCUUAUGUAAAACGAAUGCAUACUUGCAUGUUGGGAGCAAGGUGUUGAGAUGAGGUUUAGACACAAAUGGCCCAUUAGUUCCAACACUGCUUGGUUGCCUUACCCUUUGCAUAACUUUAUUUGCUUCUGGAACUUUCCUGAAAUUUUAGCCAGUUCAUUGUCUUUCUGGCAGUAUGACUGUUGAGUCUCGUAUUCUUGGUAUAGCCUUUACUACUUUUGAAGUUCUUACAGUUUAUUACUUGCGUAAGUGUUACUAAAUCCUUUUCUUACCUGUACCGGAUGGGGGGAAAUUUAUAGCCAGCACUUUGAGAGGAACAUUUUGGGAAAGGAUAUUUAACUGACACUACUAAAUGAAGGCAACAGAAGAUGUUAUCAAUGGUCUUUGUAACCUGAAAACUGAACAAGGCUGUGAGGCUCAUUUCAAAAUAUUUUGAAGUGUUAAAAAUUAUAUCUCUGUGCUUCUAUCUAUAUAUUCAUGUUUCUCAGUUGUUACAACCAAACCAUAUUAGGACCCCUGAAGAUAAAAUAUCACAGGGACUUUUCAGUUGUUACUGAGCUCAGCAGCUGUGACCCCUGUUGUUCUACACCAAUUUCAGUU